AUGGGAGGCUGUAGUAGUUGUAUGAGAAAACCAGUGUUAGUUUACUAAAGCAUUUUGGAUGAAUGUUAUAAUAUUUUAUUUUAAGUAAAUACAUAAAACACCAAGCUAGUGUAAAAAAAACGAUAUAACAAGAGUUACAUGGAGCCAGGCUAAAACUAAGAAAAUGAAGAUUUUAUUUCUCAUUUCGAAGAACUUACUUCGGAAUCUAUAAAAGCUCAAGCUACUGCUUCAUAUAAGGAAUUUAUGUCAUACGAUAUUCCUAAGUUAGAGGGUUAAGUCAAAUUAUAAGCAAAAAAUCUCUCUGACCAUAUUUAAGAUACACAUAUUCGUCUUAUUGAUACUGUUAAAUAUCUCAAGGCGCAAUUAAAAAACUUUUAAACAGAUUAUGGAGUGCAGUGGGUUACUCUAAUGAUUUUAGAAGUCUUAGUGUAAAACUUAAAGAAUUAUACCCAAAAGCAUAUUUCACUAAAACACGGCUAAGUCGAAGAUUCGAAUUUGGUCUCAAAAUUAGACGUUUUAACAGAAAACAACGAAGCCAACAACUCAACUAAGGAAGAGAGGCAGCAAAAUGCUAAUGGGAUUUAAAACUAGAAUAAUGUUUAGGAUUAGAUUACAUUUUUUAGUGAUAAUUUUAUUAGAUUCGAAAUAGAUUUUAUUGAUAUAGCAUUAUUUAUUUUGAAUGAGAAGUACAAUCCUUUUUAUUUUUAAUCUCAAAACCAGUUCAUGAAAAUACUGCUUAAGUUUUCUUAGCUUCACAAAGAUCCUUAUACUUCUGAUAAAAUUUAUGUAUUGGUAGAUUAAUUAGAGACUGAUUUAUUUAAUCUCACAAAAGAAAUCAUACCUACUUCUAAUGAAGAUCAGCUUCCUUAAUGGGAAGCUAUCAACAAGUAAAAGGUACAAACUUUAUCUAAUCUUUAGAUUACUUACCAAGCAACUCUUUCUAAAUUAAAAACACUGUAAAGCGUAUUUGGAACAAAGUAAUAGCUAAAUUUCUUUUUCUUCUCUCUUCAAACUAUUAUUGAUUUCAAUAGAAUUCUCCGAAAUUACUCAUAAAAAAUAAGGCCAGAUAAUAAUAAUAAUAAUAACAAUAAUGCUGUUCCUCAAUCUCCUCUUAACGGAGCCAACGAUAACCUUUUAUAAGCUAUGAAAAGCUCUGAAAAGUCUGUGCAUCUUACGAUAGCAGAAAUCACUAGUAAUUGCCUAGGUAUCUUAGCUGUUUUUUCAAGAAGAGGCUUUAUGUUGAAAAAUUACAAUUCAGUUCUCUCUAACUUAUUCUAAUUCUUUGAUUAAGUAAAAUGGGAUACCUUGCUACUAAUUGAAAACAUCAUAAAUGAAACCAUUUCUGUGUCAAGGGUUGAAUCAGUAUAGUUGAAUUAUAAAGUCUUUUUGAUGGAACAGCUGAUUGAAUAUCUCUCUCUUAGCAAGCAGCUUUCAGGUUUGCCUUCUCUAUAUUUUAAUAACAAUUUUAAGCAAGUGAAUGUCUUUGGCAACUAAGCUCAUGCAUAAAGCUAAAAUGAAAUUUCUUUAGGAAUAGGAGGGGCAGAUAAUAAUGUACCGUAAUCGUAAAAAAAUAGCAAAAUUCAGUAAAACUCAGCCCAAAAAGAAUAAAAUAAAGAUAAGGAUGAAAUCAUACCAUAAGGACUACUUAAAUUAGAAAACUUUGCAGACCCAAAAGUUAAAAUUCGCGCCUUUAAAAUAUUUAACAUGCUCACUUCUUAGAAAGAUAAAGAAAUUCCUCUGUUGAUGCAUUCCACAAAUAAAAUUGUUAGAUGUUAUUUAGACAACUUGAAAGAAUACAAUGAACUUUUUGAAGUUAAAAGAGCUAUCUAAUAAAGUUUUGUGCACUAUACUCUACAAUUAGCUCCUGAUUCAAGUGCAUUACUCUCUUUAUUGACAGCCCUUUCGAAUGAAAUAUGUGAAUAUAUGUCUUCUUCUAGCUACUCAAAGGGUAUGCAACAAGGAUCUCACACUCCUCUCCAAUCUCCAAAUACAAAUGGUAUUAAUAAUUAAAUGUAUAUGAUCAAAUCCCCAUCUGAACACUCUAACUCCAUAAAUUUAAUUAACCAGUACUACGGUAAUGAUCAAACAAAAUAUAUCAUUGAAGGACUCAACUUGAUGCUUCUUGCUUUAGACUGUAGUAGCUAUUUUACUUCUUCUCCAAUGAUCACAGACGAAGUCAUAAUCAAUUUGAUUUUCAUUUGCAAUCAAAAAUAUGUUUCUUUAAUGGUUUAUGAGGUUACUUGCAAAUUGAUAUUACUCAAAAUGAAACCUAUAACUGAAAGCGCCUCCAAUUAUAAUUUAUAAUCACUCAAUCAUCAAAUAACACUCCCCCAGUAAAAUAUGAGGAGUUAAACUGAUAAUGUUGGAUACAGUAUAAGCAACGGUAAUAGUCAAAAUAAUUAACUUAAUUCCAUUUCAUAGAUGUUUUAAUAAAUUUCUUAGAACUCUCUGUUACAUAUUUUCCAUUAAACGAUAAAAUGUGUAUUUAACUUAAAUAUGUAGCAAGACAUAAAUUCUAUUAAUACUGCUGUAGUUAUUUUCUAAUAUACAUUUUUAAUUAUUUAAGAGAUCACUAAAAGAAAUAAUGUUUUCUAAAUAAGAGCUGUGGUUGCUUAUUUAAUGAAGCUUAUUAAAGAGACCAUAAAUUAUCAAUCAUAAAGAGAUUGUAUUUCUGUUAAUGGUGUUGGUAAUUCUAAUCUGGAUGCCAAUUUAUUUAAUUCAACUAAUAACUAAUUUGUUCUUCAGUCCAUCCAAAAGAAUGGAGUAGGAAAUGGUUAAUAGCCUGUAUAAAAACACCCUGCUUGUUUCAAUAUCACACAGCUUGCAAUAGGCUAGAUACUAAAAGUUAUCGAGCUAUAAAUUAUUAAUAAUACUACAAACUCAUUUGCUGAAAUAGAACACAUAAUAACUAAUAUUGCCUCAAAAGAGUACAAUCACAUUAAUAAAAUUUAUCAAGAAAUAUUCACAAUGCACAUUGAAAUAUCAAAUUUAAAUAAAAAAUUAAAUUACUAAGUAGAAAACUACUCGAAAGCCUUAUCUUAACAGAAAAGUUUUUCUUUAAAGUCUAAUUCCCCAUCAGGAUAAUACCAAUCAUAAGAUGAUAUAAUCUAAACACUUUAAGAACAUAAACUUAAAUUGUAAAAGUUAUGCUAAUAACUCUCGGAAACUCCUUAUAUUCAUAAUGAAAUAUUCAAUAACACCUAAAUCUAAGAUAAUAUUUAGAAAACAAUGAAAUCCUUAGGCUUGAAUCCUGAAUAAGAUUUCGAUUAACUUACAGCUUAAUUCGCUCGUAAUUUUACAUCAGCAGUUGGAGAUAUUGACUUCAAUAAUUAUAACUUUGAAGAUGAAAUUUCUUUAAACAACACAGCAUAAAAAAAUCAAAGAAAAAGUCUUAAUUAUAACUAUCUUCGCUUGAACACAAAUGAAAGCUUAGGAGACUUAGAAAGACAAGACGAUUAAUUUGGAAACAUUAUGAAUAUGAUCCAACCUUAAAACCCUAACAUCUUAAACUAUUUAAAUGACAGAAACAGAGAUAAUAAAGAAAAAUUUAAUGGCAACAAUGAUUACUAACUAAAAGAUUUAAAUUAAUUAUAAAGUAAAAGCAAUCAAUAAAGUUAAUUUUUAGAUGCCGUUGAUAUAUAACUCAAAGUUUGA